ACCAUUUGUAGGAAAGAACCAGUAUUGGUUGAUAUUUUUGUUUUACUGUUGGAGUUCCUUAAUUCAGCCUUCAUCAAGAAUCCACCAUGUGGAGUCUCGUUCUGGUUUGUGUUUCCCUGGUUCUACUUCUUGUCCUCUUGGAUGCAUUGUACCGAAGGAAGAACCAUCGUCUGCAAGAGUUGGCUCGGAAGCUGCCUACCCCCUUCCCCAUCCGACCUCUCAUCGGCACUUACUACUGUCCUUCGGAUAAUUCCCUCGUUUAUAAUUCAGAAACUUUUGCCAAGCAUGUCAUCGAGGUUACAAGGCUAGCAGCGAAGCACAAGUAUAGUGUGUUUUGUGACUGGAUCGGUCCAAAGCCCCUGAUAUUCAUACAAAAGCCAGCUGAUAUCCAGAUUAUUCUAAACAGUUCUAAGGGGAUCUUUAAAAACUACUCGAUAAUAACAUUUUUGUUCGGCCAAGGACUUCUUACUGCUUCAGGAUCAAGGUGGAAAGCAACAAGACGUUUGAUCAGUCCUUUAUUCCAUCCUCAAAAUCUUCAGAGAUUGGCGCCUUUGAUGAAUAAAAACGCAGAAGUUUUAGUUGGUAAUUUAUCUGGUCUGGUGGGAAAAGGUUUCACGGAUGUUUUUGACCGUGCUUUAGGCCUCUCUGUUAGGUCCAUAUGUGCCCUUGUGUUUGGUACUGACGCAGUUUGUGAGCUUAAUAACAAAACAUUUGACUUGGGUUUGGAAUGUGUGCACAGAGGAAGUGACUUGGUGCAGGCCCGAGCAUUCAGGCCAUGGUUGUGGCUGGACAGAGUAUGGGAGUUUAUGUACAACCGAGCACUUCGGGAGUUCCAACAUACUUGGGAACAAUUUGUGUCACAACCUGUUGAGAUUAUUAAAAGGCAAAGAUUGACAGACCAUAAAGAAGAUGAAUCUGCAGAUUCUGGGAAAUUUAACGAUGUAUACUCCCCGCUAAGUGUGCCUGGCUUAGUUUCUGAAGCUUUCAGUCCAGCUGAUGUGGAAUGGGAGAUGAAAACUUUUGUUGGAACGGGAACAGACUCAAUAGCUGUCAGUUUGAGUUCCUGUUUGCUAAUGCUAGGCAAACACCAAGAUGUCCAGGAAAUGCUGUAUCAGGAUAUCAUAAGUGUGGUGGGUACCGAAGAAAAGGACAUAACAGUUGACGACUUGUACAGACUUCCAUACUUGACCCGGGUUAUAAAGGAAACCUUGAGAGUUUGUAUGGUCUUGCCAGUUGUCUCCAGGACUCUUCCUGAGGACAUUCAGUUGGGUGAAUACAAACUUCCCAAAGGUGCAAUGAUCUUCCUCAGUCUGGUCGGAUUACACUUUGACCCAGAAGUGUAUCAAGAUCCUCACGUGUUCAACCCGGAUCGAUUCACCCCGGAUCUCGUAACUGAAAGGCAUCCUUAUUCCUUCCUUCCAUUCAGUGGUGGUCCAAGGAACUGUAUCGGUAAACAAUAUGCGUACAUGUUACUGAAGAUUGCACUAAUACACAUUCUGAAGACAUUCAAAGUUAGCAGUGAUUGUGACCUAGAAAAUAUGAGAUUUGGUUUCGUUGUAACUCUGAACAAUCUGGAUGGUUAUAAAGUGGCUUUUGAGAGGAGAUCGUAAGAAAAAAUGUCAAUAUAUGUAUUAUGUCAUUACGUAAUUUCAGUCAAAAAUAAAAUUUUGCUGGUGUAGCGAUAAAUAAAUCUGUAAAAUUUGGUAAUUGAGUGAUACUGAUAAAUGGUGUACUGCAAAUUAAACUAGAAAAAGUUGGAACUUUGCUAUAUAGUCAACCCUAGUUUGCUAGUUCAGUGCUAUGCGACGAUAUAUUGUAGUGCAUAUUUUUCCAAAAAGUGUUAUGGGUACAGUAUGUUAUGUCAUGCUGGCCCGGCUUUCGAUGUUUCGAUGACUUUCUAUGUGUGAGUUUAAAUGGGCAUAUUGGUUGACUCGGUUGUUGUUUCGAAACAGCGAUUGUUUCUUUUAAUUCUUCAUAUGAUCGAGACUGGAUAUAUCGUUCCUUAGCACUUUUGAGUGCUAAAAAACUUUAUUUUUACCGAUUUUUUUCUCGCACAGUAGACUUCACCCCAUGUUUGUUAUGCCCUGUUAUGUUAUGGUUUUUGUUCUUUUUAUAUUUUAAUGAGUUUAAUUAAUAAUAUUUCGUUAAACUAUUACUUGACUACU